AUGACAUCAAUUGAAAGUGCGGUGACUCCACUGUCAAUAAAUAUUAUCUUCGGAUUUCCAUGUUUUUAUCAUCGGAAUAUAGAUCAAUUGAUAAAUAAGGAUAUUAUCGUUAAAUGCGAAUUCAAAGUCGACGAAAAAGGCGUUUUGUACCAUGUAAUACACUUCAGAAAUGGAUCAUCAUCAAAGUUGAUAUCCCAAUUACCAUCUUGCCGUUAUGUCGCCGGUUAUGACAACAGUACAAUAACUCUGUACGAAAUAAUAAGCACCUUUAUAUUAUCGCCAUUAUCACGUGUAUCUGUUGAUACUCGUUUCGUAUACUUGUGCAUAUUAUUUAAUGAUUUGUUCAUGUACAUAAAUGAGCUGACUGUGAAGAAAAUAGUCAAUAGUUACUUAAUAGGCAAUGAGAAUCGCAUAAAAUCGUUCUGCGACAAUAUUGUCUUUGUUAAUGCACAUAAUCGACUAUCAUUUCUGUUGAGAAACACACUGAUGACUGUUGAAUCUAGCAAAUCAAAGCUUCAAUUAAUACGUCAGCUCACAAGCAUAUUGUUUAUCGUUAAAUAUAUUUUGUUUUCUAGAAUAACUAAAUUGUCGCGAGGUGAAAAAACUAAUAAUGAAGAUGGAAAUAACCGGGGAAGUCGAGUUCUUCACGAGGGAAUUUGUAAACUUAAACAAUUUAAAUGUCGCAUGACAUUUGUUGAUGAAUCACCGUUACACAGUGUCUUUUGUAUGCAGAUGACGGCACGUAAUUCUAAUGCUUAUAGAUUGUUGAGAUUAAUUGAUAUAUUUAAUAUACCUGUUGAGCCGUCGCAGAAUAUAAUAAACCAAGUAUUUUCAAUGUAA